CCUAAGUAAUAUAACAAUAACAUAAUAGUAGAUAGAAAAAUUUAAACACCUUACAUAUAUUGAAAUCGUAUUUGUACGGGAACUGGAUGUGGUUUGAAACAAGUGAAAUAAUAAUUGUCAUUCUAUUAAUCAACUUGCUACAACGAUGGCGAAAGCCAUAAUGAACGACGAAUGGAGAACUUUGUAUUUGGCUCGAGCACUAUAUGAUGCAGUCGAGGAUUGUAAUAUUCAGCAAGUCAAUACUUUGUUAUCUCAGAAUAAAGCCAGUCCUAAUAUCCUGAUUCCGGAAGAAGGGAUGACAGCAUUUCAUUUAGCUGCAGGGCAUGAAAACUUGGCAUUCGGAAAAGUAGCGACCUCAUUAUUUUUACACAAUGGUGGUGAUCCUAAUGUACUUUGUGAAGGAAAUCGCACAGUUCUUCAUAUUGCUGUUGCAUGGAAUCGUUCACAGGUUGUUGGAAUUUUGCUCAAAAGUCCUUACAUUAUACCCAAUCCGUACAUAAAAGAUGAAGACAAUCUCAAUGUAUUUAAUUAUGCUGUGAAAUUUAGUGCAUGGGAAUCACUUGCAACUCUCCAAUCUUAUAUGAAACGUUCAAACUACACGAGUAAUUUAAAGAAACAAAUCUCCAAUAUAAUGCAAUCAAAACAUAUUAAAGAAAAUUGUAAUCCUACAAAAGCACAGAAUACUGAAACAUCGAUUGGUGCCGAAUCAACAUUUGAUAAGUCUAAUGGACUACAUACAAGCAGUGGAUAUCUUAAUAGUGGUGAAAGUCUAGAUAGCAUUUCCAAAUCGACAACAUUUGAUUCAGUUAGUCAAAAAAAUAAUAAUAUCGACGAAUGCAUAUUAACUUCAACAGCUUAUUCUUUUGACGAUAUUUUAAAUAAAAAUGUUUCAUCAGACCAUCAUUUUACUCGAUUACACAAAAAUAGCAUUCCAUCAAAAAUGUAUUAUGACGGAUCCAUGUUGAGUUCAAUCAAAUACGUAUCAGAUGAAUUUGAAAGCAUAGAAAACAUUAGUUUUCCAUCUAGUAAUUUACUUAGCGAUUCUGAAUUAUUUGAACUUGAUGAGGUUGAAUUAGAAGAAAAAAAUAUUUUUAGCCAGAUAGAAAGUUCAUCUUUUAGUGACAGCGACUUGAUGUCAGAUAUAUCUGGAUUAUCUAGUUGUUUGAGUUCUGAUGAUUUUUAUACAUGUCCAGAUACAAAUUCUGAACGACUAGUUCUUAAUAAUGUUACUUGUAAUACUGACAUUGAAUUGGAAGAUGUUACAAAAAGCUUAUCAAUGACAAGUAUUUAUAAUUCAAUAAGUAAUUCAAUUUCCAAAACAUCAGCUGGAUUAAAUAAUCUAGAAGUUUCAAAUAUUAUUAACUCUUUAGAUGAGUGCAGCAGCAGUUUAAUUGAAAUUUCAGAUUAUGAUACAGAUUAUGUCCGUGAAAGUCUUAGGGAGUACGGCCAUCCUCCAGGACCAAUAGUACCUAGUACAAAACGAGUUUAUGUAAGAAAACUUAAUCAAAUAUUACAUAGGCAAACAGAACAGGAGCAUGAUGAUGAGCCUAUUAAUAAUUCAUCUGGUUCAUAUAGUAUGCAGUUGACUAAAGUUUUAACUUAUGAUAAGUAUGAUUCAUGGAAAAAAACUAUAAAAAGUUGGAGUGUUCUGGAAGAUACCAUUGUUUGCGCUAAGAGUGGUUCUUCAUUUACAUAUUUAUUAUUAGAUCCACGUAUUACAAACAAUCUACCUGCUCGAGCUGAUCAAAUGAAUAAUCCUAUUGAAAUAUGGCAGACAUUUAUUAAAUCAAUAUUUUACAUUGGUAAAGGCACAAAGUCUAGACCCAACGAUCAUAUGAAUGAAGCGUUUAAAUUUUGGGUCGAAAACAAAAAUCAAGAUAAAAGCCGCAAAACAGAAUAUAUUUUGAGCCUAUGGAAGGAAAAAUUAGGAGUGGUUUGUGUACAAGCAUUCCAUCAUUUGAUGUUAAAAGAAGCACAUAUUCGAGAGGCAGCUAUGAUUGAUGCUAUUGGAUUGGAGAAACUUACAAAUGAGAAGCGUGGCACAUACUACGAUAACACAACUCGAUGGUUGAAUAGUGAUCGAUGUAAACUAGGCUGCCAUCUUUUGUACCGUGCCAUGCUUGUGUUUUUAGCUGAUGGCGAACGCCAACUGCGACCAGCUGAUUUGACUUAAUUGUUGACAUACUAUUUUUACUAUAGUAUAUUUUCAGUUUUUUUUUUAAAUAAUGACUAUGAUUUAAUAUCUAGAUUUUUUUUUAAAUAGUUGUAUAGAAAUUUAUAUUUCUGAAUCUUAUUAUACUUUUAUUAAUUUAUUUUUGUACCAUAAUAACAUUAUAACAAUUAUAUUUUAUACUUUUAUUAAAUUAACAAUUGAUAUUGUGAUAACUUAGCGUCUACAAACACUUAUAAUUUAAUUAAAUUAUACUUCUGUAUUUUUUUUUAUUACAAUACUGCAUUUUUAUUAUGAAACUUAAGUUUUGUAAAAUAAAAACAUUUUUACUUGAAUACUUUAGUCAGUUGAUGUUAUCAUUACUCAUUAGAUGUCACUAGUUUAUAUACCACUAUAUCAGGUAAAUUCAUGGGCGUAACUAGAAUUUCAAUAAAGAGGGGAGGGGGGCAGUGGCAUAGCCAAAUUUAAAUCAUUAAAACUCAAUUUUUUUUCGAAGUAUUUAUUAUUAAUAUUAUUUUUAAAUUAUUACAAUGACAAUCGUUUAGAGACUUCGGAAAACCUGUUUAGAAUUUUCUGUUACAUUACAAUAUGUGGUAUAAGAAAUAUAAUUUAGUUUGGAGUGCAAGGGAGGGCACUUGCCCCCCUGCUCCACCCACGCUACGCCCAUGGGUAAGUUAAUAAUACAUUGAUAUGUGUCAAUAUGUUAAGACUAUGUUAGCAAUAUUUUUAACAAAAAUAAUACAAAAUUAUUGCAACAAAUAUAUUAUUAAUUAAUCAAGUAACUUUAUUUAUUUUAAAUUGUUGGUACAAUUAUUUCUGUUAUUAUAUUAUUUCUAUUUUUAAUAUUACUCAUGAUCAUUUGUCAUUUAACUUCUAUCCCUUUAAUGUAUUAUAUUUUGAAUUGGGUGUUACCCGUGAUAUUUUAAUAAAAUAAAAUAAUAAAUUGAAAAAUUACACUUAAUCAUACUAUUGUACAAUGAUAUUAAUAAUAUAAUUUUGAUUUUGUGA